CAAAAAAAUUGGUUUCUGAUAACCCAAAGGUCACGGCUGGUGCAUUAACUGUGAGCGGCCUUGUUCUAGGUCCACUUGCGUUUGUUGGUUUGGUAGGUGCGGUUGGAUUCGGUUCAGGUGGUAUAGCCGCUGGAUCAAUUGCAGCAUGGAUGAUGUCAUUGCAAGGUGGUGCUACCGUUGCGGGUAGUCUCGUAGCUAUUCUGCAAUCAGUUGGCGCGGCUGGAUUAGGC